GGGGCGGGGCGGGAUGUGAGGCUGCGGCGGGAGUCGAUGGCUGCCGCGGUGGGGCCGUUAGAGCUGGCGGCCACAGCGCGAGAAAUGGCACAGGAAGACAUGGAAGUAGAUCUCCAGCCAGCAGUAGAGGAAUUUCCUGUACAGGGUUCUGGUCAUUCUCUGCUGUCAUUGUCAGCUAAUACUCCAGUGCCUGGUGAAGAAACAGAAGGCAUUGCAGCUCCUCCUUCUAGUCCAGAAGAAACAGAUGAUGAGUCUGACCCACAGUUGAAUGGUGCAUCUGCUGUAGAUAGGCUGCAAAGGCUACGUGGGGUAUUAGAGUUUUUUCAACUGCAGGCUACACAGCCGGUCACACAACAAGAACAACACUUUCCUCUCCUGGUGUCACCAACAAGAAGAACUCGUCGCCAGCAGCAAAGAGUUGGUGGGUCCCAGAGGACAGGCAAUGUCAGGCCUGGGGCACGAUUAGAUAGAUAUUUUAGUUUUAGCAGGACCCAAGGGGCAGUAACAGUAGCAUCUCCACUGCUGGAGUCUUUGCGUCUCCCAGUGAACAACACAGAUCACAGCUCUGAUGAAACCGUGGAGUUGAGUGACUCUGACAGCAGCAGCUCUUCAGAGGUGGGUACAGCAGCAGCAGCAGCCCAGGAGGAAGCACCUGCAGCAGAUGGCUUGAGAGCUUCUGAUCAAGUGCAAACAGAGGCCCCUGGAGCUUUGUAUUCUGCAGAGCAUGAAAAUCAUAAUGGUGAGGGUGCCACAGUCCAACAGAAACAGACAAGUCCACUAAAGAAACCUGAUACAACAGUUCCCACUGCACCCUUGGAUGAUGAAGAGGGAGAUAUCUGCACCAUCUGCUUUGAGCAGUGGAGCAAUGCUGGGGAGCACAGGCUCUCUGCACUCCGAUGUGGACACCUCUUUGGGUAUACUUGCAUUGAAAGGUGGCUCAAGGGUCAGGCAGGGAAGUGCCCCCAGUGCAAUAAGAAAGCAAAGCGCUCUGACAUUGUGCUCCUGUAUGCCCGUACUUUGAAAGCAGUGGACACCAGUGAACAGGAGCGCAUGAAAAGCUCUUUAGAAAAAGAGCAAGUGCUGAGGAGACAGGCAGAACUGGAAUCUGCCCAGAGCCGUCUGCAGCUUCAGGUCUUGACUGAUGAGUGUAGUAAACUUCGCAAGCAAGUCCAGGAGCUGAAAGCACUGAUGGCCCAGCAUAACACUAGCACUUCUCAGCAACCUGGCAGCUCCCGUUCCUAUUUACCAGGUACUCUCCCAUCAAGCCAGAGCCAGCACAAAUACCACUUUGAAAAGGCCUUCUUGGUUUCUCGGUCUGGGAGCUGCAGGGUCAUGGCUUACUGUGACUCAUUGAGUUGUCUUGUGGUGUCACAGCCCUCUCCACAGUCUACACUUAUUCCUGGCUGUGGGGUAAAGAUGAUGAGUGCUGCCAAUCUGAGAAGUAGUCAAUACAUCCCCAUCCAUAGUAAGCAGAUCCGGGGAUUGGCUUUCAGUAAUCGGACACAUGGCUUGCUCUUAUCUGCUUCUUUGGACCAUACACUCAGACUUACCAGCUUGACAACAAAUACGGUGGUUCAAACAUACGAUGCUGGCCGUCCUGUCUGGAGCUGCUGUUGGUGCCUUGAUGAUACCAACUACAUCUAUGCUGGGCUAGUCAAUGGCUCUAUCCUAGUAUAUGAUUUAAGGGAUACACGGUCUCAUGUCCAGGAAUUAGUCCCUCAGAAGUAUAGGUGUCCCAUGGUGUCACUGUCUUAUCUACCCCGCAUGGCGUCUGCCUCGCUACCUUAUGGUGGAGUUAUAGCUGGCACCUUAGAAGGAGCCUGCUUUUGGGAACAGAAAGAUAGUAACUCUUAUUGGCCUCACCACCUGCCUGUAGAGCCUGGGGGCUGCAUUGAUAUCCAGACUGAAAUAAACACACGGCACUGCCUUGCAACAUACAGGCCUAAUAAGAACAACCCCUACUUGCGUUGCGUGGUGAUGGAACUUUCCUGUAGUCCUCUAACAGAUGCCUCUGAUAUCGUCAUCUGCUCAUGUCACCCAGUGCAAACGUUCAGUGCUGGGCCCACCUGCAAACUGCUGACCAAAAAUGCCAUCUUUCAGAGUCCAGAGGAGAAUGGCAGAAUCUUGGUGUGUGCUGGUGAUGAGGCGUCAAACUCUGCUAUGUUAUGGGAUGCUGGUAGUGGCACCUUACUGCAGAAACUACAAGCUGACCUACCUGUGUUGGACAUCUGCCCCUUUGAAGUGAACUGCAAUAACUUCCUAGCUACUCUGACUGAGAAGAUGGUGAAGAUCUACAAGUGGGAAUGAAUAAUAGUCCAUAAGCUCUCCAGAGGAAGGAUUUUCCAAAAUGUGCUGCUGGUCAACUACUUCAGUAGAGUGUCUGCUGCCCCACUGUAGCAGCUCUGCCAUGGACUCUGCCUUCUACCUGUGCUACUCACAGAAGAUUGGAACUGUCAUGGCACUGCAUGUUGGUGCUUGCAGAUCCUUCGAGUACCAUUGUGUCCCACCACAGGAGGCUUUGUCUUCUCCCACCCUAACUUUUGUCUGUUCUUUCUUCAGCUGAUUCCCAAGGUUAUUUUUUUUUCCCCUAUUUCCAGUCAAAUUUAGCAAUCCACUUCAAUGUAGUGCUCUCUUCUGAGGUUUUCAGCCUGUGUUGCAGAUCCCCUUCCAGCACAGUAUAGGGACUAAGAAUGAAAAUUGAAAGACCUCCUGAAACUCUUUUGAUCUUGGAAUCCCAGUGUUCUAACUGGGUGUGAAAGUGGCAUUAAUCUGAAUAAUAGUGUGGCCACCAUCUGGUAGAUGAUUUGGAAUUUUUCCCAAAAUUUUUUAUAUUUUGCUGUGAACAAAAGUUAAUUGUAACAUAGCUUAUGGUGUGGAGAAAUUUAUACUGGUUGCAGCUUGUGGGGUGGGGGUGCAGUGCUGCUGCUCCCAGAGAGCAGCUGCUAUGCACUAACUCAAGGGUGUCGGGCAUACAGCCUGUAGGCUGCAGCUGGCCCAUGGAGCCUCUGUCCGGUCCAGCAGGCUAGCCAAAGUUGGUGCAUGGGGCCUGCCACAGAAUUCAGGGCC